CUCUGCGUCAACUCUAAGCAAGCCUCGGCUUCCCAACACAACUGCUUUAACUCUUUCUCACCAACACUUUUCAACUCGACAUGUCUGGCCGUGGCAAGGGUGGCAAGGGUCUCGGAAAGGGCGGAGCCAAGCGUCAUCGCAAGAUUCUCCGCGACAACAUCCAGGGCAUCACGAAGCCCGCUAUCCGUCGUCUUGCGCGCCGUGGUGGUGUGAAGCGUAUUUCUGGUCUCAUCUACGAGGAGACCCGUGGUGUUCUCAAGAUCUUCCUUGAAAACGUCAUCCGUGACUCUGUCACGUACACCGAGCACGCCAAGCGGAAGACGGUGACUGCUCUCGAUGUCGUCUACGCCCUUAAGCGGUCAGGACGCACGCUCUACGGUUUCGGUGCUUAGAUCCUAUAGACCUGGACAUGAUUUGCUAUUUAUGUAUUUUGUAGAGUACUGUAUUUUAUCAAUCUAAGUUCCUUGUCCUUGGGAU